GAUCGUUAGGCUCGUGAGAUGGAUCAUUACUCUAUCAAAUCUCAAUGAAUAAACAAUCAUGAUUUUGAAUUAUUCUUCUGUGUGGUUACUUUAUACAAAUACAAUAAUGUUUUUUUUAGUUGUUUUAUUUUAUUAUUUUUGUAAUUCAACUUUUAAUUACUGGAGAAAAAGAAAUGUGCCAUUUGCUAAACCAGUGACUCUUUUUGGAAGUUAUUUUGAUUUGAUGCGUGGACGUGAAAACACUACACACUUAUUUUUAAGAUUGUAUGAGGAAUGUAUUGGACAAAAAUACUAUGGGAUGUUUCAAAUGAGAACACCGACAUUGUUAGUGCGCAGUCCAGAACUUAUUACGCGAGUUCUUAUCAACGAUUUUCAACAUUUCACUGAUCGUGGAUUUUCAGUUGACAUAAAUGCCACUCCUCUAGCUAAUAACCUAUUUUCCAUGAAAGGUAAGCAAUGGAAAGUUAUGAGACACAAAAUAACCCCAAUAUUCACGUCUUCCAAACUUCAAGCAAUGCAAGAACAAAUUAAAGAAUGCAGCAAUGUGCUGAUGGAAAAAUUGGCCUCGCAUCUAAAUAAUUCGGACACCCUCGAUAUUUGGAAUAUAAUGGGAAAUUACUCUACAGAUGUUAUUGGCACUACCAUUUUUGGAAUUAAUUUAAAUGUUUUAAACGACGAAGAAUCAUAUUUUCGAAAGUUUGGAAAAGCUGUCUUUGCACCAUCACUAAGAAUAGCUAUAAAAGACAUGUGCACAUUUAUUUCGCCAACUUUAAGAAAAAUGCUGUGUAUAUCUGAUUGGCCGGUAGAAGCUAUGAAAUUUUUUCAGUGUGCAUUUUAUGAAAUUUUAGAUUAUAGAGAAAAAAAUAAUAUUAUUAGAAACGAUCUCAUAGGACUUUUAUUAAAUGCAAGAAAAGAUUUNAUUAGAAACGAUCUCAUAGGAAUUUUAUUAAAUGCAAGAAAAGAUUUGAUUGUCAACAAAUUAGAACCUACAGUUAACUUUAAAGAAACAGACAUAAUAGCUCAAGCAUUUGUUAUGUUCGUUGCUGGAUUUGAGACAGUUUCCAAUACAAUGUGUUUCUGCUUAUAUGAACUUGCUCUAAAUAAAGACAUUCAAGAUCGUUUACGUGAUAAUAUUUCAAAUGCAAAACUUAUGGAUAGCACAAAUGACAAAAAGGAGUACUUACAUUCUCUUAAAUACUUAGAUAUGGUUUUAUCAGAAACACUUCGUAAAUAUCCACCAUUACCUAUAAUUAUCCGAGAAGUUUCUGUACCCUAUCAACUGCCUAAUGAAAAUUUGGUAUUGCCUAAGGGCAUGAAAAUUAUAGUACCAGCCUACAGUAUACAUAUGGAUCCAGUGUAUUAUCCUAACCCUAUGAAAUUCGAUCCAGAACGUUUUAGUCCCGAAGAAAAUAAUAAGAGACAAAGUGGCAUAUAUUUACCGUUUGGUGAAGGACAACGAGUUUGUUUAGGUAAACGUUUCGCUGAAUUAGAAAUGAAACUUGCUCUUUCUGAGUUGUUAAGUAAAUAUGAAGUAUUACCAUGUGAAAAAACAUUAAUUCCGAUGACUUUUCAAAAACGAACUAUAAAUAUAGUUGCAAAAAACAACACUCUAUGGCUAAAAUUCAAGCCUAUAUGUACAUAAUUAUAAGAAAAUUCAACAUUCAAGAUAAUUUCUAUUCUAUUAAUACUACUGUUUUUAAAAUAAUUAAAUGUUUAUAAUUUUGUAUAAAUAUAUAAAAGUUUUGAUCAUUCGAAAUAAUGCAUUGAUAUA